UUGUUUCCACAGGCUCUGUGCACUGAGAGGUAAUAUUAACUUUGAUGAGAAACAGCCUUCAAUGGAUACAGUCUAACACUCAACUCAGAAAAUCUAAAAAUGAGUGACCAUGGCUUGAGUAAGAAGUUUGUUAAACUCUUCUCCAGGAAAAGAAGAUCUGAUCAAGAAGUUGCUGCUCUGUCUGGUUUGACAAAGACAUUUCCUAAUAUUAUAAAAACAUUCUCUCAUGAGGAUCUCCUCAAGAUCACAGAAUACUACAAGCCCUACUUGAGCUACGUGAUUGAGUACGACAUCACAAGUAUCCUGCAGAACCUGGCAACCAAGAACAUCCUCACCAACGAUGAGGCCAAGAGAUUCAAAGCGAAAGAAAAAUAUGAGGGGCGAACAGAUGUGGAGUCCUUCAUCAGUGACAUAAUGAAGAUGGACAAAGCAAUAUUGGUGAGCCUGUGGGAGGCACUGGCUGAAGAACUUGUGAGAUUUCCAUCACCAAACAUGACCAAUAUACUGAAGGAGGUAACAGAAUGGGGACCAGACCUCUUGAAGGUCAUUCAGGCCAGUCUCCAGCCAUUUCCCAUUCAUACUCAUAUUAAAGGCCUCCAUGAGACACACAGAGAUGGCGUGUAUGAAUCCACAAGAAUUCUGGAUGAUCAGGUUUCUCUUGGUGAUCCACGCACCAGGGCUGUCAGCUUUGAGACUCGAUACACAGAGCUGAUGGUCAUUGGUCAGUACAAAAGGACCUACAGUGAGACUCACCAAGAACUUGUGAAUACAGGGAAGGUUCAUGCAGAGCUGGUGGAGGAGCGGACAAAGGAGAAAUGUGAACGAAUCUGGACUGAGCAGCUUUUUCAGAGGAGUCUAGGAAGUGAGACUGCCCCACACAUAAUAGUAGUCAGUGGAGUAGCUGGAAUUGGGAAGACCACCAUGGUCCAGAAGAUCAUGUUUGACUGGGCCAGAGGCACUCAGUACCAGAGGUUUUCAUUCAUAUUCUUGUUUAAAUUUAGAGAGCUCAACCUCCUAGACACGGAGACGGAGCCACAAAUGCCUCUGACCAGGCUGAUUGUAAGGCACUAUAAAUAUCACAAUGACCUGAGACUAAGAGAAAUCCUGCAGAAACCUGAGUCUCUCCUCUUUAUAUUUGAUGGUCUUGAUGAGUACAAACACAAACUGGACUUUACACAGGACAGGCUCUGCUCAAACCCAGAUGACUACUUUCCUGUCCACAUCCUGGUCACAAGCUUGGUCAAAAGGACAUUACUGAAGGGCUGUUCAGUCCUGAUAACAACCAGACCAACAGCCUUGGAGGCCAUGGACAAGGAGAGAGUUGACCGAUUUGCAGAAAUCCUGGGGUUCUUCCCUGAACAAAGACUGAUGUAUUUUAAGAAGUUCUUUGGUGACACUGAUUUGAGCUCUGAGGUUUUUCACUACAUUGAGGAGAAUGACAUCCUGUACACCAUGUGCUUCAACCCCUCGUACUGCUGGAUUAUCUGCUCUGUGCUAAAGAGCCACUUUAAGACACCUGAAGAAGAGCGUGGAGCCACCCCUAGAACUGUCACCGAUCUUUUUGUGAUGUUCCUACACAACAUCCUGACCAAGCACAGGCGAGAAGCUGAAGACCAACGGGGGAUUCUGAUCAAACUAGGAAAGAUGGCUUAUUAUGGGGUGGCCAACAAGACUCUUGUGUUUUAUGACAAGUUUGAAAUGUCUACCUUUGGUCUCCAGUCAGUCUUAUCUUCUCAGUUCCUCUCAGGUUUCCUUAAAGAAAUCCUGCAGAGAGAAAGCACUCUGGGUGAAAUGACAUGUACAUUUUAUCACCUCACACUACAGGAGUUCAUGGCCGCCUGCUUCUUCUAUCUCGAUCCAUCAGCUGGCGUUGGGGAGCUGCUUGUGAAGCUGGACUUAUGUAAAGAUGGCCGGUUUGAGAUUCUCACUCAAUUCCUGGCAGGACUGGCCAGGCCUUCUGUGUUUAAAGCACUGGGGGGAAUCCUGGGAGAGCUUGAGAGGAAGACAGCAAAGCAGAUACUGGAGUGGGUGAAGCAGAAAGCUGAACAGGCACUACGGGGUAAAGGUACAAGUGAAGCUCUACGAGUGUGUCAAUGGCUCUAUGAAACUCAGAAUAAGAGAUUAAUAAGAGACGCCAUUGGGAAGGAUUUAAAGAUGAACUUCAGUAAGUUGACUUUAUCACCUCUUGACUGUGCUGUGCUGGGCUCUGUCAUCAGCUGCUGUGGAGAACUUGAGGAGCUUGUCCUGUCAGACAAACACCUCACCUCAGAGUGUAUCUGGAGAUUGGUGCCUGGGCUCAUCUGCUGUAGACAUGUCAAGAUAUCUGGUUGUGGUCUCAGCUCCAAAUGUUGCUCAGCUCUCUCCUCAGCUCUUUCUUCUCCACACUCACAACUGACUGAACUGCAGCUGAGCAGCAACAACAUGGAGGAUUCAGGAGUGGAUCAGCUGUGUCAGGGGCUGAGGAGUGAAAACUGCAAAUUACAGACACUGAAGUGA